AUGUCUCCGUGUAGACAAAAAGUUGCAGGGGAACUGGAAAAAAUCAAAUUCACCGCAUUAGUAAUGAAAAGUUUAACGUCUUACAACGCAAACUCCUUUAAACUCAAUGUAAACUGGAAGCAUUUAACUGACCUACCUCUCGCCGAUUCGCAUCCGGGAAACAACGAGAAUUUCGAUCUUCUCAUUGGCGCCAACGAGUAUGGCAAGAUUGUGCUCGACGGAAUCGUAAAGGGGCCUCCGGAGUCUCCAAUUGCACAGCGCACUGUUUUCGGCUGGGUUCUGUCCGGGUCGUGUGCCGUUCCUACAGGCACACUUCACUCCACGGUUAAAAUUCACCACGUAGAGCUGCUCGACACUCUACAAUUAGAGUUAAAACGUUUCUGGGAAUUAGAAGAAACCCCAAGCAAACCGGUUCUAACGCGAGAUCAAACGAACUGCGAAAUUCACUUCGCGAAUACACAUCGACGUUUAUCCGAUGGUCGUUACGAGGUUAGGCUGCCGUUCAAAAAAGAUCCCGCGACUACAAUCGGGGACACCGCGUCAAUUGCAAGGAGAAUCUUCAAAACAAUAGAGGCACGCGUGACAAAAAACCCAGAGCUAUACCGCGAGUAUCAGGCGUUUUUGCGCGAAUAUCUUGACCUAGGGCACAUGAGCCAAAUUGGCGAAACCGAGUCUUUAGAGGGCAAAGUUUUCAUCUCACACUUACCUGUGUUGCGAAGGGAAAGCCAGACGACGAAGCUGAGGGUGGUGUUCAACGCCUCAAUGAACUCGUCGAACAGCAAAUCGUUAAACGACUGUCUUCAUGUCGGGCCCAAUUUGCAGGCCAAUUUGUUUUCUUUGUUGAUAAGGUGGCGUUGGCAUCGGUUCGUGUACACGGCAGAUAUUGCAAAGAUGUUUCGCCAGAUAAACGUGGCUUCGGUUGACACUAAUUUUCAGUGUAUCUUCUGGCGACCGUCGCCGCCGUCUCCGCUGACAGGCUAUCGCCUGAAAACCGUUAGCUACGGUACGGCAUGCGCCCCCUUUCACGCGAAUCGCGUGUUGAAACAACUCGCCAAAGAUGAAGGCCAUAAAUUUCCGCUAGGCGCCACCACAUUGGAGGAAGAAUUCUACGUGGACGACGCGAUGUUCGGGGCCAACGAGCUCCCCCUCUUGAAAAAGAUCCGCGAUGAGUUAUGUCGAUUGCUCAGGGCGGGCGGGUUCAAACUAAGAAAGUGGGCAAAUAAUUCUUCUUCGCUACUCGAUGACAUUCCGUCGGAAGAUCACGGGCCUGCGACCAGUAGAACGUUGCAAGACGAUGAGAAAAUCAAAGUUCUAGGGAUCCAGUGGAACCCGUCUUCAGAUAAUUUUCACUUUCACGUAUAG